CUUUUUGGUUCUCUCUCUUCAAAUUUCUCUCUUUUUUUUGGGUUUUGUUGUUUGGGAUUCUCUUCUUUUUGGGGUCCGACCUAGAUUUUGAAUUGUGGGGCACUGGGGUUUUUGCUUUGUGAACUGGGUCUGUGGAGAACCCCAUUCUUUCGAGGGUUUCAAGUGAAUUCUUCUUUCAAUGGCUCUGAUUCUUCUCUUUUUCCUUCUAGCUGUUUCUGCUGUUUCUGCUGAUCAAGAUGCAUUCAUUGGUGUAAACCUUGGUACAGACCUUUCUGAUAUGCCCAGCCCCACUCAGGUAGUUGCACUUCUUAAGGCUCAAAACAUUAGACAUAUCAGGUUAUAUGAUGCCGACCGUGCCAUGUUGCUUGCGCUUGCCAACACAGGCAUCCAGGUAUCCGUUUCUGUACCCAAUGACCAACUCCUUGGAAUUGGCCAGUCCAACGCGACUGCAGCCAACUGGGUCGCUCGAAAUGUCAUCGCCCAUGUUCCUGCCACCAACAUCACAGGCAUAGCAGUUGGCUCUGAAGUUCUUACCUCUCUUCCAAAUGCUGCCCCAAUCCUAGUCUCAGCUCUAAAGUUCAUUCAAUCUGCUCUGGUCGCAUCUAAUCUAGAUCGCCAAAUCAAAGUUUCUACCCCACAUUCUUCUUCCAUUAUUCUCGAUUCGUUCCCGCCAUCGCAGGCCUUCUUUAACCGCUCAUGGGACCCUGUCAUGGUCCCUUUACUUAAAUUUUUGCAGUCCACCGGGUCGUAUCUCAUGCUUAAUGUAUAUCCAUAUUAUGAUUACAUGCAAUCGAAUGGUGUGAUUCCUCUAGACUACGCUCUUUUUCGACCCCUCCCUCCAACCAAGGAAGCUGUUGAUGCCAAUACCCUCUUGCACUAUACUAAUGUCUUUGAUGCAGUUGUUGAUGCUGCAUAUUUCGCAAUGUCGGCUUUAAACUUCACCAACAUUCGCAUUGUUGUAACUGAGUCAGGCUGGCCAUCUAAGGGUGAUGCAUCGGAGCGAGAUGCAACAUUAGACAAUGCUAACACUUACAAUAGCAACUUAAUUCGACAUGUUCUUAACAACACUGGAACACCGAAGCAUCCCGGAGUUCCUGUUAGUACCUACAUAUAUGAGCUCUACAAUGAAGAUUUAAGACCUGGUUUGGUCUCAGAAAAAAACUGGGGUCUCUUCUAUCCAAAUGGAGUGCCAGUUUAUAUCUUACACUUAACUGGUGCUGGUGCUGUUUUGGCAAAUGAUACCACAAACCAGACGUUCUGUGUUGCAAGAGACGGUGCCGAUCGUAAGCUGCUGCAGGCAGCCCUUGAUUGGGCUUGUGGACCGGGAAAAGUCGAUUGCUCCUCGUUAUUGCAGGGGCAGCCAUGUUAUCAACCAGAUAAUGUUAUAGCUCAUGCAACCUAUGCUUUCAAUGCAUAUUACCAGAAAAUGGCCAAGUCUCCAGGGACCUGUGAUUUCAAAGGAGUAGCUAUCAUCACAACCACAAACCCAAGUCAUGGUACGUGUAUUUUCCCAGGAAGUAAUGGAUAUAAUGGGACUUUAGUUAAUAGCACAUCUUUGGCUCCAUCUUCAAACUCUUCUGAUUCAGCUGGUGGGUGCCGUCCAAAGUAUCUCUAUGGUAGCAACCCUUACACUAUGUCAAUGAUCUUGUGCGUCUUAUUAAUGACUUUGGCAUUCUUGUGAUGAUGCUACUGCUGCUGCUGCUGCAUUUUUCAUUUUGUAUUCGUAUAUCUCCACGACGGUUUUGGAUUUUCGAGCUUAGUUCCAUUUGGUUCCAAGCUAUUGUAACUUAUUUAGCCAGUUUUGGUAUGGUCGAGGGUGGACGAGUGGGGAAUAGGAUCGUGAAUGUGGCUAUAUUAGUCGUCGAUCGAGUUCGACGAGCCAUCGUUUGGAUUUUGUAGAGAGAGGAAAAAAAAGGAAAUCAAAGGAUUAUUUGUGAGCUCUUGUGUAAGUUGUAACUAUCAUCAUCAUUCUUUGGAGUCUCCAUUGCUUAGCAAGUUUGUUCGGAUCUUCAGUUUAAUUCACUCAAAAAUGUUGUAGCUGAAGCCUAAA